UCACUCAGCGACAACGUGGACACUGACACUGAGCUAACUCAGCUUCGCACGUAUAGAAUUCUUCCUCCCAGAGUCGUGCCGGGUCUUCUUCCUACGCUUCUGCGACAAUUUAGCGCUCGUCGAUUCCGUGUUCCAGUGCCGAAUUUGACAUCACAAGUUAAGCAAGAGACCCGGAAGAAUAAGAAGCGACGAGGCGGAAGCUUGGGCGCCGCGAGAAUUGUCGAAGAUGGCGUCCCAAGACGUGGUUUCUUUCGUGGGCUUGUCCGAGUUGAGCUUGGACAUGGCUGCCUCGCUUCUUCGCGCUGGAUAUAAAGUCCAGGCGCUUCAGCAAACUGGGCCUCUGAUGGAUGCUUUUGUGAAGCUUGGGGGAUGCCAGUGCGACUCUCCUAUAAGAGGAGGGAAAGCUUUGAUCGUGUUAAUAUCCCAUGCUGAUGAUAUAACUAACCUGUUCUUCAGUUCAGUGGGCACUUGUAAAGAAUUGGAGAGAGACACUGUUGUCAUCCUUCACUCAAACAUUUUGCCGUCGCAUUUGCAGAAAUUAGAGAAGCGUCUAACAGAAAAUGCUGAGGUCUCCUUUGUAGUAGAUGCAUAUGUGUCUAGGGGAACAUUUGAGCAUUUAAGCGGAAAUCUCGUGAUCUCUUCAUCAGGAAAGUCAGAUGCCAUUGCUAGGGCGAGGCCUAUUCUCUCUGCAAUGUCUGACAAACUCUACAUAUUUGAUGGAGAAAUUGGAGCAGGAAGCAAAUAUAAGUUGGUUAACGAUCUGCUUGAGGGAAUUCAUCUGGUUGCUGCGGUGGAGGCAAUUUGUUUGGGCAUCAAAGCUAGUAUUCAUCCUUGGAUUAUCUAUGACAUUAUUUCCAAUGCUGCUGGAAACUCAUGGAUUUUUAAAAACCAUGUUCCUGGACUAUUAAGGGGUGAUGGAACUGAAGAAUACCUCCUGGAUUUUAUUCAGAAGUUGGGUACUGUUCUUACUGUGGCUAAGUUGCAGACUUUUCCUGUCCCUCUGCUGUCAGUAGCUCAUCAGCAACUUAUUCUUGCUUCUGCGCAUGGUCACCGAGAUGAUGGAGAUGUGAACCUUGUUAAGAUUUUGGAAGAAGUAUAUGGAGUAAACAUUAUCAGUGCAGCCAAUGAAGAAAAGUACUUCCCUGAACAACUUGCAGAAGAAAUUGCUGCAAAUUCAGACACUGUCAGUCGAAUUGGUUUUAUUGGUCUUGGUGCAAUGGGAUUUGGCAUGGCAACUCACCUACUGAAGUCAAAUUACUGUGUCUCUGGAUUUGAUGUCUAUAAACCAACUCUUGAUCGGUUUGCAAAUGCAGGUGGCUUGGUUGGAAACUCUCCAGCAGAAGCAUCUAAAGAUGUUGAUGUACUUGUGAUCAUGGUCACAAAUGAAGCUCAAGCAGAAAGUGUCCUAUAUGGAGAUCUUGGUGCAAUCCCAGCGCUUCCAUCUGGCGCAUCCAUAAUUCUUUCAUCCACUGUUUCUCCUGGAUUUGUGACUCAGCUGGAGCGACGAUUGCAAAUUGAAGGAAAAGAUCUGAAAUUGGUGGACGCCCCUGUUUCUGGUGGUGUUAAAAGAGCUGCUGAGGGAACACUUACGAUAAUGGCUUCUGGUAGUGAUGCUGCUCUUAAAAGCACUGGUUCAGUUCUCUCAGCAUUAAGCGAAAAGCUUUAUAUUAUCAAAGGAGGUUGUGGGGCUGGAAGUGUCGUGAAGAUGGUUAACCAAUUGCUUGCGGGAGUUCAUAUCGCAUCAUCAGCUGAGGCAAUGGCUUUUGGAGCUCGCUUGAGUCUUAGCACAAGAACAUUGUUCGAUGCGAUAACAAGCAGCACGGGAAGCUCAUGGAUGCUUGAAAAUCGCGUCCCCCACAUGUUGGAUAAUGAUUAUACACCAUACUCGGCACUUGAUAUAUUUGUGAAGGAUCUGGGCAUUGUUUCCCGAGAAUGUUCAUCACGUAAAGUUCCUCUUCACAUUGCAACCGUCGCACACCAACUUUUCCUGGCAGGUUCUGCUGCUGGAUGGGGCCGGCAAGAUGAUGCUGGUGUAGUAAAGGUGUAUGAGACACUGACUGGUGUCAAAGUCGAAGGGAAACUUCCCAUGCUUAAAAAAGAAGUCAUUUUGCAUUCUCUUCCGCCUGAGUGGCCAGUUGAUCCAGUUGGUGACAUACAGAGACUCAAUCAGAACAGUUCAAAGACGUUAGUUGUUCUGGAUGAUGAUCCUACUGGAACACAGACUGUUCAUGAUAUUGAGGUAUUGACAGAAUGGACGGUUGAGUCACUUGUUGAGCAGUUCAAGAAAAAACCUACAUGCUUUUUCAUAUUGACUAACUCCAGGUCACUGAGUUCUGACAAGGCCAGUGCACUCAUCAAAGAUAUAUGCCAAAACCUGCAAACAGCGGCAAAGUUGUUGGAGAAUGUGGACUACACAGUAGUUCUAAGAGGUGACUCAACUUUAAGAGGUCAUUUUCCAGAGGAGGCUGAUGCUGCUGUUUCUGUUCUUGGUGAGAUGGACGCAUGGAUAAUCUGCCCCUUUUUUCUUCAAGGAGGACGUUAUACCGUCAAUGACGUUCAUUAUGUUGCAGAUGCUAAUAUGCUUGUUCCUGCAGGGGACACAGAGUUUGCAAAAGAUGCUGCUUUUGGAUUUAAAUCAUCAAACUUGCGCGAGUGGGUUGAAGAGAAGACUGGAGGCCGCAUUCCAGCAGGUGGUGUAUCAUCUAUUUCAAUCCAGCUGCUGAGGAAAGGUGGACCUGAUGCCGUUUGCCAGUUCCUUUGCAGUUUGAAAAAGGGUUCAACAUGUGUAAUAAAUGCAGCUAGUGAAAGAGACAUGUAUGUAUUUGCAGCAGGAAUGAUAAAGGCAGAGCUGCAAGGAAAGCAUUUCUUAUGCCGCACUGCCGCUAGUUUUGUUUCUGCCCGGAUUGGAAUUAUCCCAAAAGCCCCAGUUUUACCCAAGGAAUUAGGAAUAACAAAAGAGAAGACUGGCGGACUAAUAGUUGUGGGAUCAUAUGUUCCAAAAACAACAAAACAGCUGCAAGAGCUUAAAUUACAGUGCGCGCAGAUCAUCAGAAGUAUAGAGAUUUCUGUCGAUAAAGUUGCCAUGAAAUCAAGAGAAGAGAGGGAGCAGGAAAUUGAGAAAGCAGCGGAGAUGGCAGACGCAUUUCUUAGGGCUCGUACAGACACUCUGAUUAUGACAAGUCGGGACCUAAUUACGGGGAAAACUCCUUCUGAGAGUCUGGAGAUCAACUUUAGGGUGAGCUCAGCACUGGUGGAAGUAGUUAGGAGGAUUAAGACCAAACCUCGUUACAUCCUUGCAAAGGGUGGAAUCACCUCAUCAGAUCUCGCUACAAAGGCCCUUGAGGCAAAGUGUGCGAAAAUAGUUGGACAAGCUCUAGCUGGUGUUCCUCUAUGGCAGUUAGGUCCUGAAAGUAGACAUCCAGGAGUUCCAUACAUUGUAUUCCCAGGUAAUGUUGGCAGCAGUACAGCACUGGCUGAAGUCGUAAAAUCGUGGGCUCCUCCAGUCAGACUUUCCUCAACAAAAGAGCUUCUCAGGAAUGCAGAAACAGGUCGUUAUGCUAUUGGUGCAUUCAAUGUUUAUAACUUGGAAGGAGUUGAAGCAGUUGUUGCUGCGGCAGAGGAAGAACAAAGUCCUGCUAUAUUACAGAUCCAUCCAGCUGCCUUCAAGCAAGGGGGAAUUCCCUUAGUUGCCUGUUGCAUCUCUGCUGCGGAACAGGCUAAUGUUCCAGUUACAGUUCAUUUUGAUCAUGGAACUUCCAAGGAAGAUCUUGUGCAAGCCAUUAAUUUGGGAUUUCAUUCAGUAAUGGCAGAUGGUUCACAUCUCUCCUUUGAUGAUAAUAUCUCCUACACAAAGUUCAUAUCGUCUUUGGCCCACUCAAAAGGCUUGCUCAUUGAGGCUGAACUAGGGAGAUUGUCAGGGACAGAGGAUGACCUGACUGUCGAAGAUUAUGAAGCAAGGCUAACUGAUGUUAAUCAGGCAGAAGAAUUUAUCGAUCGCACUGGUAUAGAUGCUUUGGCGGUGUGUAUUGGAAAUGUCCAUGGAAAAUAUCCUCCUGGUGGUCCAAAGUUGAGGCUUGAUUUGCUUAAGGACUUGCAAUCUUUGACAUCCAAGAAGGGAGUCUCCUUGGUGCUUCACGGAGCUUCGGGCUUGUCUGAGAAACUCAUCAAGGAAUGCAUCGCGAGGGGCGUCAGAAAGUUCAAUGUGAACACGGAGGUGCGAAAGGCGUACAUGGACUGCUUGAGCGAACCCAAAAAAGAUCUUGUCGAUGUCAUGUCGUCCGCGAAGGAAGCUAUGAAGGCUGUUGUUGCAGAAAAGAUGCACCUCUUUGGUUCGGCUGGAAAAGCAUGAUGGCAAAAGCUGUGAUGUUAUUGUUCACCAAUUCCUCAAGGAGUUGAAUAAAUGGUAUUGACCUGGAGAUGUAAAGCAUCUUAAUUUCCAGAAUAAUAAGACAUCUUCAUUUUUUUCAACUCUAUACUUGGUCCCUAUGGCGUUUAAUAAUAUAUAUGGUUUCAUGUGUG